AUGUAUGUUCCCAAAAAUGUGAUGAAUAAGGAAAAAGGCAGAAAGCAGCUCAAACUUAUGAUUAGUAAUUAUUUCCAUUAAGUUUAAGGUUAGCCCCUAAGGUAGAGAAGGGCUUCUAAGGAAAAUCGUACAAACAUGUCUGAUGAGAAUUCUAAAGGUAAAGAAGACAUCAUACUCUUGUUGUCUCCUGUUCAAAGUGAAUCUAAUGAAGAGUAAAUGAGAAUAACUCAGAGGAAAUUUGUUCUGAGUCCCCUAAAAAAUAAGAGGCGGGGAAUGUAUGAAUAAUCCAUUGAUGGUAUCAAGAAUUUUCCAGAUAUUGAAUAAAAGCCAAAAUAUCACAUAAAUCAUCUCUAGUUCAAGGAUGUUAACAUUAAGCAAUGCUAGUCAGUAUCGAUACAGAAUAAAAUUAAUAUACCAAAUAUGAAAACUUAGGAUUAAGCAUUAAAGCUUUCUGAGCUCACCAAUAAUAUGAUUCUGAAUAAGGACUCUGAUAUAAUCUCUUGGAGAGACACUACAACAAGUGAUUCGAUGAGCAGCAGAAAUUUGUUUAGCAGCAAUCGAUACAGCAAAUUAGCAAACUCAGGUAUCAGAAUCAAACAUUUUUAUUCCAGAUAGCAUAUCCUCCCAUAGUUCAGCUAGUCAAAUGCGAUAAACUAAACUAGUUCUAACUAAAGUAGAGUAUUUUAAGGAAAAUUAAACUCAGUUGAAAAGACAGCAAAGAGACACUUAUUCCAAAGGAUGCACAAUUUUUAAAUAAAUACUGAUACUUCAUAUAAUGAUCAACCUACCUCAAACCAAGUUACUCCUGGUCCAUAUACUAUGAAAGGCAUUGAAAACAAGAAAAAUGUGAUUAGAAGCAUGAAUACAUUCUUCAACGAAAUUAACAUUAAAAAAGAAGGAUAUACUCCAAAUAGAGACAACUAAUCUAAACCUUUGAUUUUUUCAAUUGAAACUCCUCAAGUUACUAGAAAUCAGUUUUUCUCUAGAGAUAAUAAUAGUAUCUACUCCAUGAACAAGAGAUAUAAAAACUAGUUUCAAAGUUUAUAGAUGAGACUUAAUAGAUAAAAUCAAGAUGCUGUUGAUAUAAAAAACUUAAUCUCAAGUGAAUUCAAUAAUGACGCUAGAGAUCUUUAAUCAUAAAAUGAACAACAGGAGUUAUUGGAGAUAGAAAUGCAUAUUAAGGAUUUUUAAAAUGCCAAUUAGAAGAGGUCUUAAAAAGAUUAAAACUAAAAAAUAUAAAAGUUCCUAUAAAAAAUUUGA